CCGCGGGGGGAGGGAGGGCCGCUGCUGGGCACCGGCCUGCCCGGGCCCGGUCGGGUCACCGCCACCGCACCUCUGGCGCCCAUACCUGAGUCUACAGCUCCUGGACAGAGAGGAAACGACCAUUGUGGCGUGCUGGGACGAUCGGCGGGGCAGUCCCUCGCCGGAGCCGCUGGCUGCAGCGUGGGCCGGUUGAGGUCGGAGCUGGUCCGAGCGCGGUUCUCUAAUGGUCUUGUUUCACCAUGGCAACCAGUAUGGAGGUGCUGGCUCAGCAGGUGGCUGAGGUGCCGACUGUUCAGACUUCGCUAUCUGAAUCUCCAGUGAUGACCAGCCCUUCCCAGCGUAUCCAGAUAAUUUCCACAGACUCCUCUGUAGCUUCACCACAACGCAUUCAGAUUGUGACAGAUCAGCAAACAGGUCAGAAAAUUCAAAUAGUGACAGCAGUGGAUUCAGCUGUGUCUCCAAAGCAACAGUUCAUUUUAGCUAGUCCAGAUGGAACUGGUGCAGGAAAGGUGAUCUUGGCAGCACCUGAGACAUCUAAUGCCAAGCAGCUUAUCUUUACCACCACAGACAACAUUGUGCCAGGCAGAAUUCAGAUAGUGACAGACUCUGCUUCAGUGGAACGUCUGCUAGGAAAACCUGAUGUUCAGCGGCCCCAGGUAGUAGAAUAUUGUGUAGUCUGUGGUGAUAAAGCAUCAGGUCGUCAUUAUGGUGCUGUCAGUUGUGAGGGAUGCAAAGGUUUCUUUAAAAGGAGCGUAAGGAAGAAUUUGACCUACAGUUGUCGUAGCAACCAGGACUGUAUCAUCAAUAAACACCAUCGUAAUCGGUGCCAGUUUUGUAGGCUUAAGAAAUGUCUAGAGAUGGGCAUGAAAAUGGAAUCAGUUCAAAGUGAAAGAAAGCCUUUUGAUGUGCAGCGUGAAAAACCAGCCAACUGUGCAGCUUCUACUGAAAAAAUCUAUAUAAGAAAAGAUCUUCGAAGCCCUCUAAUAGCAACUCCAACAUUUGUGGCAGAUAAAGAUGGGACGCGGUCAGCUGGUCUUCUAGAUCCGGGAAUGCUUGUGAAUAUUCAGCAGCCUUUGAUCAGGGAUGAUGGUACAGUCCUCCUAGCUGCUGAUUCCAAGGCUGAAACAAGCCAGGGUGCCUUAGGAACACUAGCAAAUGUUGUAACAUCUCUUGCUAAUCUCAGUGAGUCGCUAAAUAAUGGAGAUACUUCUGAAGUUCAACAAGAAGAGCAAUCUGCAAGUGAGAUUACACGGGCGUUUGAUACUUUGGCUAAAGCACUUAAUACCACAGAUGGUACAACAGCUCAUAACUUGGCAGAUGGGAUGGAUCCUACAGGAGGAGGGAAUAUCCAUGUAAUCAGUAGAGAUCAGUCAACACCAAUUAUUGAAGUGGAAGGACCCCUACUUACAGAUACACAUGUCACAUUUAAGCUGACAAUGCCCAGUCCGAUGCCAGAGUACCUUAAUGUACACUACAUCUGUGAGUCAGCAUCACGACUCCUUUUCCUCUCUAUGCACUGGGCUAGGUCCAUACCUGCAUUUCAAGCUCUUGGGCAGGACUGCAAUACGAGCCUUGUGCGUGCCUGCUGGAAUGAGCUGUUUACUUUAGGCCUGGCGCAGUGUGCACAGGUGAUGAGUCUGUCUACCAUCCUAGGAGCGAUUGUCAACCACCUCCAGAACAGCAUACAAGAAGAUAAACUUUCUGGAGAAAGAAUAAAGCAAGUCAUGGAACACAUCUGGAAACUUCAAGAGUUCUGUAACAGCAUGGCCAAGCUUGAUAUUGAUGGAUAUGAAUAUGCAUACCUUAAAGCUAUAGUCCUUUUUAGCCCUGAUCACCCUGGUCUGACCAGUUCAACCCAAAUAGAAAAAUUCCAGGAGAAGGCACAGAUGGAAUUGCAGGACUAUGUACAAAAAACCUAUCCUGAAGAUACUUAUAGGCUAGCCCGGAUCUUAGUUCGCCUGCCUGCACUUAGGCUGAUGAGCUCUAGCAUCACCGAGGAACUGUUUUUCACGGGUCUCAUUGGAAAUGUUCCCAUCGAUAGCAUAAUCCCCUACAUUCUCAAAAUGGAAACAGCAGAAUAUAAUGGUCAAAUAACUGGCACGUCUGCAUAAAGGGAACAACAUAAUUUGAGGGAUGGAAUUAAAUUUCACAAAAAACAUAUAAUUACAAAGUUAAAAGGGUAGUGUUUUGGUAUGGGCAGAUAAUUCCAACUUGUUAUCAGUUUCCUGACCCGAUUUCUGCUUGUCUUUUUCUGAUGCUGACAAAAUUUAAAGCAGCUAUUUAAAGACCUGCUAUAGGACCUUUCCUGCCACAAGGAAUAUUUUUGAUGCCUUUCAUUUAAAAGGCCAUAGAUUACUGAACAUACUUUUCACAUGCUUUGUAUUUAGAAACUAUCAGUGGUUAAAAAGAGUUUUAUAAUAUCAGAGUAGUAAUUAAAUUACUUUAAAAGUAAAAGGAACAGUAUGUAUAUAUUUAAAAAUAUCCUUAGAAUGAAUGUCUAGCAAAUGCCAAGGUAUAAUACUAGCACUUUGUAAUCACUUCUUGUCAGAGCAACAGCAUCAACAUCCUGCUUAUGAGUAUGGAAAAUGAAAAAAAUGCAUAUGUCCUUAGUCAAAAUGCUAGUGAUUUUUAUAAAAAUGUAGAAUGCUAAAGGAGACAAUCAUUUAAUCUACAAAAAGUCACUUGCUGUUACGUUAUGCAUGAAAUAUUAGUGUGGAUUCUUAAAUCAGAUAUCCACAUUAUAUGAAACUAUAUAUGUUAAAUUAGUGCAGUUGUUAUAUACAGUACAAUGCAGUCAUAGUGACUAUUAUGUGCUACAGAAAUUCCCCACACUAGAGAAAAAAAAAAUAUUUAUCACAAUAAUGAUUAAAUAUGCAGGCUCCUGAAAGUGUCUAUUCAAACACAAUCAUGACAAAUGUUAUUCUAAGAAGAAGCCUUUUGACUUUGGGGAAGAUCAGUCAUUAACUGAAAGAGCAGUAAUUUUCAAAUAGAGCCAUGUGAUCCUCUUUGAGUUUGCUCUUUGUAUGCUCCAAAUUUAGUCCUCCUCUCUGGACUCUGAACACCCUUGUGAUGUAGCCACAGGGUACAAUUUAAGACCUGAAAUGUAUAGAACCUCUGGUUGUCAGCAAGAGUUUAUUAUAAAGCUCUCUCACUUUGUUUCUUCCUCCCUCUCUCCCCGUCCCUGAGCACUCCCAGUUUUGCAGUGUUCUCAACUUUCCUGUCACUCAGUUUGAAACCAAAAUAUAGUUAGGAUUUACUGUCACUCAUGUACAAUUACAGUUGGUACUCAUACACCAUGGAGAUGUAAAAUUAACUACUUUUUAUUUGUCUUGAGUGAUGAGCCAUCAACAUAUUUGCUAGUAGCACUGGCCACUAGUUGCUAGCAUAGGUUUCAUUUUAGUACAAUUUAUUAUUAUGGCUGUUCCAUAUUUUAAAAUCAAAGAUUUUUAAAAAGUCAUAGCAGUUAAUACCUUCAUCUGAUCCUGGCUCAUUAGAUGCAUUAAUUAUUUUAAUUAAUGCAAUGUUAGAGGCAUUCUUACUUCUGUAGUUUUAUGUGACAAAACUUAUCUAAUGAUAAGUUCGGCACUUUGAUUUUUCUUCUGUUAUUGAUAUUUAUUUAGAAACAUCAACUAGGUUGGUGUUUAUGACUUUCUAGAGUCUGAAUUGUAGCCAAAAGACCUUAAGUAACUUUAGAUGAGGCUUCUAAAGUAACAGAAAGAUCUUUUAUACUUCACGCUUGUUAGGUGGCUGACAUAGUACUUACUAUAACACAAAAGACUAUUUAAUUUUAGCUUCUGACUGCAUUAAAGUCUUCUACAGUUACUAUUUUUAGCACAUUCAGAAUCUUCUUUUCUCAGAAGGGUAUUACAGAGUCCAGUAUGCCUGUAGAGAUUUGUAAUACUGGACUUGUAUCUCUCUCAGCUUUUGCUAUAGCAAAUGAAAUUGUCAUAUUGUCCAUGCAAUGGAAAGUCUGCUUUCUACACGUGAAGUCAGCUGGACUUUGGCUUCCAGUACCAUUUGAUUGUAGUGUAACUGCUGUGGGAUUGUGUCAGCACUUUCGCUGCACAGUCCUUAUGCUAAGGGUAUAAAACUUAAAAAUUAAUGGUGAUAUUAACAUCGGAAACAGUAGCUAUCUUGGAAAGAGUAGUGGCUGCUUUUAUUAAAAUUUAAAAUUUUACUGGGUUAUGUCAUUGUUCUACAAGCAGAAUGCAUUGAACUGUUGUGAUUUUUUUUAUUGUCAAAAGGAUUUUGGAACUUAAUUUGCUUUCAGUAUUUCAUAAAAAUCAUUUAAACAGAUAAGAAAGCAUUUUAAUGGUAAAUGAAUUCCUUAGCACAAAAACUAGCCAUUGAAAUAUUUGGUUUUAAAUCUCAAUACACACCAUCUAGCUUUUUCUUGACAACCAUUAUUUCAACUUCCAAUUUUUCAUGUAAAAGGACCCCAUUUUCUGUGUGAAAAUUUGUUUGUAAUUUUUAUUACUUGUGAUCAUAACAAUUCAGAAAAGAAGAUAAAGGCAUUCUAGUUUUUUGGGAACAAAGGGAUCACAUGAAAUAAAAUGUAAAAUGCAUGCCUUGCAUUACAUACAUAAAACAAUAAAUAUCAUGCAGCUCUGUUUACAAAUAAACUACGCUCCCCACAAAUGUAUGGCCAUAUAAUGAUAUCCUUGCUCAAACCCUGGUAUUUACUUACUCUGCAAAUAGUUAUUAAAUAGCUUAUUAGGGAUAAAAUAUUAAUUUGUGUAAAUUGAGUAACAACCAUGCAACCCAUAGUUGUGCAUGCAUUUAAUAGAUGAAAUGAAGCAGUUCAUCUUUAAGAUUUGGAUACUACCACCUAGAAGGUAUAAAGUCCCUCUCUGCAUAGCAUCAUUAACAUGAUUUGCUGGCUUGCAGAGGUCAGAGCCAAGCUACUUAGUUCUGAUGCCAUUAACAAAAAGUACUCUAACUAUACACUGUUUUGAAUCCAAGACUAACAUUUUGGAUUGUAGAAAUUUGAAUAUAUGUGGAUACCUGGGAAAUUUCCUCCCCAGGGAGUGGACUUUGUGCCUCCGUUCUUUAAACUUCACAAGGUUCCUGUUGGCCCAUUUCUCCAGCCUGGCACAAUCCUUCUCAGUGGCAGUAGGACCCUGUGAUGCACACAGUGCAGCUGCACAAUCAGGCAAGCUUUGCAAUGUCUCUGCAGAAAAUAGUGCAACACUGACAUAGUUCUUAGAAUUUCUGGGGUUUGUUCAUCCUUCCUGCAGUGACUGGAAGAUGGUAACAGGCUAAUCUUAGUACCUUUUCUGUUAAAUUAGUUUAGUUUCUUUUCUCCUUUGAAAGUGCAAACUUUUCCUUAUGAAUAUGGGACAGGAAAAAUUUUUUAUUAUUGUAACAAUUAUUGAAGAACUAUUUCUUGAGUAUUAAAUAUUGAAAUAGCUUUUUUUAUAAAGGUGAAAUUUAAAUGCUAAACUUGUUUUCACAGAACUUGGUGUCAAAGUAUCACAGUCACAAAGUGAUUCUAAGAAAAGUUUAUCUCACUGAAGCUCUACUGAGUGCCAAAAUUUAUUCUCUUCAGAAUUUUUGAGGUUCUACUUCUGCUGCUCUUGAAAUGAAAAUAUUUUAAGUUGGCAGAAAUACAGUAAUAAAUUAUCUGAUUAGAUUUAUCUGAACCUGAGCAAAUGCAUAUACUAGUCACAGUUCAUUCAGACAAAUGUUAGAAUUCUGUGCUAAGACUGGAGCAUGAUAAUGAGGCAAUGCAGGAAAUGAUAAUGAGACAGUAAUGUCCACUGUGCUUCAUUUGUUUUCCAACUCUUUUGCAAAGGAACUGGAUUUGAAUCUUGUAGAUUAAAAGCAUUUGGGACUAGCUUUGUCAUAAUGAUUUUAAUUGCAUUUGUGACCAAUGUAGAAAGGUAUACUCUUCCCUUUACCUAUAUUGGACUAUAGAGUCAGAACUAAGACCAUGUGCAAAAGUGAUCUCUCUCUGGCUAUUAACAUUGCUUAUAAAUUAGCUGCAAUGCUUUUGGUGUCUGUGGAGUUACUCUGGCAUGAAACUGGUAGAAGAGGAAAAAAUUCUCUCCAAGGAGAGGUCCUUCUAAGAAUUCAUACAAGGCUUUUUUUUAGCUGCCUUAAAAUGUUGCAUUAUUAAGAAGGCUUAGUUUUCAGAGCACUCUGGGGAAAGAAACUAUUGUUGGUCUCCACUGAUUAGUUGGUGUCAUUUGCCAAGUCUCCUUUCACCAUCUUCUGAAAUUCCUGGACCACCAGACAGCUGCAAUGCCUCUGGUGAGGAGCUCUGGCUCCAGGUCUGUGUGCAGAAUCCAGAGGCUCUGCAUCGCCAUUACAGUUCCUUUGGAAAAGGGCACAUUCUGAGGCUGCCAUGGGGAAACCAAGUCAGAGCUGAAGCUCCCAGGUGAAAUCGGUUUUCUGACUCUUGUUUCUCCUUUGGCAGAGGCUGUAAAACACUUGUGGUUUUUUUUUGGUUUUUUUAUUGUUCUGUAUAGUACACAGGAUUCAUAGAUUCCUGAAUUAUUUCAUUCAGGAUACUGCAGAUGUCAGUAGAUUUUCCUGCCCAUUAAAGUUCAGACAGUUGUUAGGAUUCUUUCCUGAUUACCUGCUGUUUAAUUAGUAGAAGGCAAUUAAAAAAAAAAAAUAUAUAUAUAUAUAGCAUCCAAUUGGCAUGACUAGCAAAGGGUUUCAGGAAUACAGUUUAACCAGGAAGACAGAACUGGAAAUGAGUGGGCUGAGGGUACUUCCCAAGCAGUGCCAAAGCAGCUUCCUGCACUAACAGCAGCAGUCAGGUUUGAAUCAGGAGAAGUGAGUAGAACUGGCAAGUCAGUCAGACACAUAGGUGUACCAGGACAUACCUACUGGAUUAUGCCAUCCCGAAAAGAACAAAAAUGUUGAUUUUCUGUUUGAGAUCCCUCUCUUCCUUUCCAGUUACUCUUAAUAGUGCAAAACCAGGGGAGGUUGGGGUUUUUUUUCACCUACUCUUGUCCAUAAGAGGAAAAGAAGAAAUACCAGCAAACACAGGCAGGUUCCCACCUGUUUGCCACACUGGCCAGAGCUUUUGCAGUAGUGGCUCUGGUGAUAAGCAUGACCAGCUGUGACAGCAGCACACAGCAGCUGCAGUCCUAACACCUCCAAACAUCCAGGAGGGUCAGCCAAAUGAGGACAUGGUCACCCUAGAGGGAGGGGCAGAGGAAGGACAAAUUGCCAGCAUCUACUGGAUCUUGAAUGACAGGAAAUUAGUUUAGAAACAACUUUAUAUGAAAAAUUACCAAGAGGGGAUGGCAAAAGAGAGACAGUGAAAAUAUUUACUUUUGCACUUUUUAAUUCUAAAGUUCCUGAGUCAUUUUAAAAGUAAAUACUCCUGAAUUAAGUUCAGGCUUAUUGUUUGAUGCCAUUAACCCUUCUUGUUAGUUAAUGUUACAACCCUACUUCAGCUGCAAUCAGUGUUAACAACAUAUGGGAAAUUGUGCAAAAAAGAAAUCAAAACAUUAUUUAUACUUGGGUUACAAGUUAACGUAAAAUCCUUUGUAAAGUUUAGAUGCUCCAAGGUUAAGCAUCUAAUGUUUAGAUUUUUUUUAUUGCGAAGUCAUACUAAGUUCAUCACAGGUAAUACUGUUGUAAUGUUCUGUAAUUCCCACAACCUGUUCUCUGAGUUACGUGAAUGCUUUGAAAAUGGCUUAUUAUUGUUAAAUUCCUGCCUGUCUUCUUUCUUUUUAAAGGGUUUGAUAGAGUUGUACACAUCUAUUUUGUGCCUCCCGCCAUUGUGCAUUUCUGCAUGUUCAGUUCUAGAACUCACUCGAGCAGCUGAUGCAUAUGUACAUAGCUGUAUGUAUGUGUGUAUGAAUGUAUAUGUUUAUACCUCUCUGUCCAAAUAUAUUCUGUACAGUGUAUAGAAAAUGUGUAGUGUAUGUAUAUAUGUACAGAUAUGGAGCCAUUAUUCAUCCAUUCCAUGUGCUAAAAGUUUUUUAUUAAUUUGCUAAUCCAGAGCUUCCUAAUUUUGUGAAUCCUCACAAAUGUCAGAGCUUUGCACCUUUCUUCUAAACCAGUCUGACUUCACUAUUUGCUGUUCAAAACUGACAAAUAUAUUCCAUGAAUUUUCUGGCUUUUACAUUAUUCUCCUUACCUUUUCUCAUUUGACUUAUAGAGGUCUGCCAGUAAUAGUUAAUUGAGCAUAUAAUGCCUGUUAAAAAUAAUGACUAAAUAACUAUGUCAUUAACUAAACUGACAUAAACACUAACAUAAAAUACUUCCCUGCUCAUUAUAUACUCAUCCUCUUCCAGCCUCCUGAGAUAUUUUUGUAAAGUUGUAUUUUUUGUGAAGCCUGGUAAGAGACUGAUUUUUUAAGUCUUUAUCUAUGGUGAACUGAAAGUAAACCAAGUUGCCAUUUAUACUGAACUGCAGCAUAGAGAACAGGAGGUAAUGGAUGCUGUUUAAUAAAUCAAUAUUCAUAUUGUCACAAUGAUCACAUUAAAUCAACCUGUGAGUUAGAGACUCUGCUAUGCUCAGCAAAAGAGCAGCUCUGGUUCAAUGGUAAUUUAAGAUUAGGGACAUUGCAAGUAGUUAAUUUCUUAGCAAGCAUCAAGACAUCUUCAGUAUUUUCACAAUGCAUUUCAAUUGUAUAUUCACUUUCCAAAGUUUUUCUCUUUAUUUUCCAGCCUAAACUAAACACAGCUAGUUGCUUGAUUUAGUUGUCAGACUAAUGUCCCGUUCCACGUUCUGCCCUUUCCUGGGUCUGGAAUUUGUGCAGCUCCUGCACUGACUGUGCUCCUGCGCUGUGACAGUCCCACUCUCCAUCUGGGACAUGGGCACAUGGUUGGGAAAUGAGAUGUGAAGACAGUAUCUUAUUCAUAAUGAGGACUCAAACAUAUACAUUAUGAAAGUAUAAACAUGUCUUGUUCUCCUUCCCUUUUGAUGACGUUAAAAAGGAAGCCUUCCUUAAAGUAGAUCUGUUAACUGUGGGUUUUUAAAAAAACAUUUCACAGACCCUGCAGGACAGUAGUUCAGCAAGUCUUGUUUCUGUCAUUAGAAAGGUGAAGAAGAAUUUUCUGGGCAUUUACUUCCACCUUUUGUGCUCACUGUGGCAAAGACUUGUGUAUAUUUAAUCAGGUAAUAGAUUAGAUUUUGAUAGAUAGAGACAUCUAUCAAAAAAAAGUGAACUUCAUGCAUGCUUAAAGUGAAUCACAAGUCUGAGGAAAGUUUGCUAUGGAAAAUGCUGAGAAUGUUGUCUUUCUUGGUGUAUUGGUUAGUAAGCAUUCAUAAGCUUUUAUUUAAAAUAUAGGAAUAAACCUAUAGCAUUUCAGAACCUUAUUUCUGCACUUUUCAGCAGGAAAAAUAUUUAAUGUCAGAAAUUUCUGUGACAGGUGCUCCUUCAUUGGUGUAUGGACGAUUGGUGCUGUUUGAAUGCUUGCUUUCCUCUUUAAAGAUGAAUAGAAACCUGAAAGUCUGUUAAAGUCAUUGUACUGUGGGAACAGUUAUAAAGUUUAGGAAGCCAAUUGGGGCAUUAAUCAAGAUUGAAUCUGUUUAAAAAUUCAACUGUGAAUUCAGGGAACAAAAAGGGCAAAGUUCAGUAAAACUGAGUGUACCAUAUCCACAUUUGAAUUGUUUGUAUUCUGAAGGACAAAAUGCACUCAAAUUUAGUGGCAAUAAAGGCUCUGCAAUAAUAAAACAGUUCCAUUUUACGGUAUUUCGAUGAUUGCAGGUUAAAGUAGGACUGAAUAAAUUUCAAACAAAAAGCACAGUCUUUCAGAAGAAAACAUUUUACAUAUGGACUGUAUAUGUUGAAUUUUUCAUAUACGGAAUCAAGAUCAAAUGUUGGAAUAUUUUUAAUAGUUAAUCUGUACUCUGAAAUACACUGGAAGCCAGUGGUCAUAGCUUCCUAACUGAAAACUGCAGGUUAUUGGCAUAUUAGGGAGUGCUGAGCUCCUACAAAAACAGCGAAUUUUUAUAAGAGGAAGCAUCUACUUUCAGUUCCUUGGGAUAUUUUCUGGAAGUCUCUGUUCCUUAUAAUUUAGAAAACUAUUGUUUAUGUUUAUUUUUAAAACUUUGCAAAAGUUGUUGGCUUCUCAUGGCUUCUUUUGUGAAAUCAGUAUUGUUGUGUGUGAUAACAUUUAAAAAUAAUAGCAUGUUCUUUUUUUAAACUAAAUUUUAUAUCCAAACAAUGUCUUCAGUCACAAAGAGGAAUUUGCAUUGUUGUGUUUGUAUAUAGCGUAUUGCAGUGCAUGAUUUUGCUUAUGCAUUUUAUUAAAUGCUGUUGUGUCAUUAUAUUGUUGCGGUCAAUAGUAGUAGCUAAAUGAAGUUUCUACCAUUAAAGUAAAUUAAAAAUA